UGUUUACAUCGCGUCCGCAGGAGCCUCGGCCGAAGACCCGUUUGAAAGGCGCCGCAAUAUGGACAAAAAGGAGGAGGGGGAGAUUUCCGAUGACAAUGAGGACAGUUUCGAUCUGGUAUACAAACCUGUGUCUCGUCCUGAUGCAUCCCAGUACCGCCAUGCCCCUCGUCACAUGCCCUCAAGUGAUGAAGAAUAUUCUUCAGACUCGGACUCAGACGCACCAAGCAUCCCCAAACGGAAACGACCAAACAUCAGUAAGAUGGAGACCAGCGCAGUUGAAAGUCACGACCCCAAAGGAUGGACAGUAGGAAGUGGAGAAUUAGAAGCCAGACACAUCGCCAAACCCAAACGCAGAAAUAACAUUUGGUCGACAGUCAUGGAGGAACAGGUUUUGUCACAAGAAAUUGGUGGUUUUGGCUUGAAGCGCAGACUAGACCAGGGCGACAGAAGUGUCGAGUCCUACGAUUAUUCCCAGGCUCUCAGAGUGCAUGGUAUUGAGCCAGAAAUUUCAGAUGAAGAAGAAACGGAAGAACUGAAGAAAAAGAGAAUGGACAGAAAGCGCCACGUGAAGGAGCGCCUCGGCUACAGAAAGCCCAAGACGGAGGGCUCACCGCGGGAGCUGGUGGAAGUGAGUCUGGAGGACGACAGCAUGACGGACGAGGAGGUUGGACUCGCCAUUGCCGAGGGUCUCCACGAGAGGAAGCCAGAACUCAUAGUGCGCGUGGUGGAGGUCUUGGGACGCGAAAAGGCCCUUGAGCUUUACAAAGAGACGCAGAAAGUGGAGCGCGAAGGGGGCCUCAUGAUCCUGAAUGGGUCAAGAAGAAGAACCUCAGGCGGUGUGUACCUCCAGCUGCUGAAGAAUGUCCCGACCGUGGGCAAGGCGGAACUCACCAAGAUCUUCCCGCAGGAGGAGUCAACGCAGCAGUGGAGAAAGCGCAAGAGAGCACACCGCAAGCGAGAGAGACAUGAGUCUAAGCCACAGGGUGAGGACGUGAGUGAAGAGGGGCUGCACUUGGGGGGCCUCUUUUCCGAUGACCCAGGGGGCGCCAAGUGCCCUGGCUCGACCCCAGUGACCUCCCCACAGCCUUCAGACAAUGAGGAGGAGGACCUGGCUGGAUCCACGAUCAACCGGUUGUCCCCGUCAGCCCUCGCCGCAGAGCCACACUCGCCGCACUACGACUCCCUGGCCCCCAGUGAGAACCCCUUUGCCCCUGCCCCUCCCUCCGACUUCAACGGGAAGUAUGCGAGUGCUGCUGCUACGCCCACGCCCGUCCCACCCGCUGCCGCCCACCCCCCAGAGAGGCCCACAGAGGUGUAUGAUGACGAUUUCCUGGACAUCCACGGCAAUGCAGAUGAGAUGGACCUCUUCUAAAGCCGGCCUCGGAAGUCCAGUGUAUUUUCUUCCUUUCAAUUUUUUUUAUUUAUUUAUGUUAUUAUUCUUAUUUUUAAACUUUUUAGGCUUUCCAGUAUUUUAUUAAUUUUUUAUUUAUUUUUAAUUAUUUUUUCUAUUUGAUAAACUCAACUGUGAUGUGAAACCAGUCUUGAGCCUUCCGCAUGUGUCAGAGUUCUUGAAAUGUCAUAGAACACAGUGUCCAGUUUUCAUUUGGUCUUAGUCAAAGGCUCAACACUCAUUGACAGUGAGCAUUAACUGUUAUAUUCAGCAUGUUGAAACAGGUCCCCAUAACAUGUAUAUGAGAGGUACAUUCUAUUACAUGAAAGCUCAUGUAUCAGACACACACACACACACACACACACACACACACACACACACACACACACACACACACACACACACACACACACACACAC